GCUGAAGAUGUCCCUGCGGCGCAAGUCCCCCAAGAUCCACUCGUCGGGCGGACCCGUCUGUUCCCCCUCGGGCUAUAAGAAGGCGGAUGAUGAGAUGUCCGGAGCCACGUCCUCGGCGGAUCUGGACGAGGCACCAGCCCGCACCAUUCACGUGAACCAGCCGCAGCAGAACAAGUUCCGCGACAACCAGGUCAGCACAGCCAAGUACAGUGUGGUGACAUUUCUACCUCGAUUCCUGUAUGAGCAGAUAAGAAAAGCUGCAAAUGCAUUCUUCCUCUUCGUUGCCUUACUGCAGCAAAUUCCUGAUGUCUCUCCAACAGGAAGAUAUACCACCUUGGUGCCAUUGCUAUUUAUUUUAACUAUUGCUGGCAUCAAAGAAAUUAUAGAAGACUAUAAACGGCAUAAGGCAGACAGUGCAGUAAAUAAAAAGAAAACAAUAGUUCUAAGAAAUGGGAUGUGGCAGAACGUUAUUUGGAAAGAGGUGGCAGUAGGCGAUUUUGUGAAGGUCACCAAUGGGCAACAUCUUCCAGCAGACAUGAUCAUUGUAUCUUCCAGUGAACCUCAAGCAAUGUGCUAUAUUGAAACAGCUAAUCUUGAUGGGGAGACAAAUCUUAAAAUACGACAGGGAUUGUGUCAAACUGCUAGUCUCCAGUCAAGAGAAGAAUUGAUGAAAGUGUCUGGAAGGAUAGAAUGUGAAGGGCCCAACCGGCAUCUCUAUGACUUUGUUGGAACCUUGCGUUUAGAUGGUCAAAGUCCGGUUUCUGUUGGUCCUGACCAGAUCUUGCUAAGAGGUGCACAGCUGAGGAACACUCAGUGGGUCUUGGGUAUUGUCGUGUAUACAGGACAUGAUACAAAACUCAUGCAGAAUUCAACCAAAGCACCUCUGAAGAGAUCAAAUGUGGAGAAAGUAACCAACAUGCAGAUCCUGGUGUUGUUCUGUAUUCUCCUGGUCAUGGCCCUUGUGAGUUCUGUAGGUGCCUUAUUAUGGAACAGAACCCAUGGUGAAGUUGUCUGGUACCUUGGCUCAAAUGAAAUGUUGUCUGUCAACUUUGGAUACAAUCUGCUGACAUUUAUAAUCUUGUACAACAACCUUAUUCCAAUUAGUCUUCUGGUGACACUGGAAGUUGUCAAAUUUACUCAGGCUCUUUUUAUAAAUUGGGACAUAGAUAUGUAUUAUCCUGAAACAGACACACCUGCAAUGGCCAGAACUUCAAACCUUAAUGAGGAACUUGGGCAGGUAAAAUACCUGUUUUCUGAUAAAACAGGUACUCUAACAUGCAAUAUUAUGAACUUUAAGAAAUGUAGUAUUGCUGGAGUGACAUAUGGUCACUUUCCGGAGUUGGAAACAGAGCGUUCGUCAGAAGACUUCAGCCAGCUACCUCCUUCCACCAGUGAAUCAUGCGAAUUUGAUGACCCAAGACUGCUGCAAAACAUUGAAAAUGAUCAUCCCACAGCUGCACACAUACAGGAGUUCCUCACCCUGCUGGCAGUGUGUCACACUGUUGUUCCUGAGAGACAAGGAAAUAAAAUAAUCUAUCAGGCCUCCUCUCCAGAUGAAGGGGCAUUAGUGAAAGGAGCCAAAAGGCUUGGUUAUGUCUUCACAGGGAGGACUCCACAUUCAGUUAUUGUUGAUGCGCUGGGAAAAGAAGAAACCUUUGAAAUUCUUAAUGUGCUGGAGUUUUCCAGUAACAGAAAGCGAAUGUCAGUAAUCGUUCGAACUCCAGCAGGACAGUUACGUCUCUACUGCAAAGGGGCUGAUAAUGUAAUUUUUGAGAGGCUUUCAAAAGAUUCCCAGUAUAUGGAGCAAACACUGUGCCAUCUUGAAUACUUCGCCACAGAAGGUCUGAGGACUUUGUGCAUUGCUUAUGCAGAUCUGUCAGAAAAUGCUUACAGAGAAUGGCUGAAUGUCUACAAUGAAGCCAGUACAAUUUUGAAAGACAGAACCCAGAAGCUGGAGGAAUGCUAUGAGAUCAUUGAAAAGGACUUACUGCUUCUUGGAGCUACAGCCAUUGAAGACCGCCUGCAAGCAGGUGUUCCAGAAACAAUAGCAACACUAAUGAAGGCAGAAAUUAAGAUAUGGGUUCUGACAGGGGACAAGCAGGAAACAGCUCUCAACAUAGGAUACUCUUGCAGACUCAUUUCACAGAGCAUGUCUCUCAUCCUGGUCAACGAAGAUUCUUUAGAUGCAACAAGAGCUGCUCUGACUCAGCAUUGUAACAAUUUGGGAGACUCUCUGGGCAAGGAAAAUGAUAUUGCUCUGAUUAUUGAUGGCCACACACUGAAGUAUGCCCUUUCGUUUGAAGUCAGGCAGAGCUUUCUGGACUUGGCGCUCUCCUGUAAAGCGGUCAUUUGUUGCAGAGUGUCUCCUUUACAGAAGUCUGAAAUCGUAGACAUGGUCAAGAAACAUGUCAAUGCCAUAACACUCGCCAUUGGGGAUGGUGCCAAUGACGUGGGAAUGAUCCAGACGGCUCAUGUCGGCGUUGGGAUCAGCGGGAAUGAGGGCAUGCAGGCAACGAAUUGCUCAGAUUAUGCUAUUGCACAGUUUUCCUACUUAGAAAAGCUAUUGUUGGUCCAUGGAGCUUGGAGUUAUAACCGAGUUACCAAAUGCAUACUCUAUUGCUUCUACAAGAAUGUGGUUUUAUAUAUUAUUGAGCUUUGGUUUGCUUUCGUUAAUGGAUUUUCUGGGCAGAUCUUAUUUGAGCGAUGGUGCAUUGGUCUGUAUAAUGUGAUUUUCACAGCGUUGCCACCCUUUACUCUGGGAAUUUUUGAACGAUCAUGUACUCAAGAUAGCAUGCUUAGAUUUCCACAGCUAUACAAAAUUACUCAAAAUGCAGAUGGGUUCAACACAAGGGUUUUCUGGGGUCACUGCAUCAAUGCCCUGAUCCAUUCCAUCAUUCUCUUCUGGUUUCCACUGAAAGUGCUGGAGCAUGAUGCAGUAUUCACAAAUGGCCAGGGAAUUGACUAUUUAUUUGUUGGAAACAUAGUUUACACUUAUGUUGUAGUUACUGUUUGUUUGAAGGCCGGCUUGGAAACAACUGCAUGGACUAGAUUCAGCCACCUGGCCGUUUGGGGAAGCAUGCUGCUCUGGCUGGUGUUCUUCGGCGUCUACUCCGCCAUCUGGUCUGUGUUUCCCAUUGCGCCGGACAUGCUGGGGCAGGCUGGAAUGGUGCUGCGAUGUGGAUACUUCUGGUUUGGCUUAUUUCUUGUGCCCACUGCGUGCCUUGUUAAAGACGUGGCAUGGAGAGCGGCCAAGCAUGUCUACUAUAAAACUUUGCUGGAGGAAGUUCAGGAAUUGGAGACGAAGACCAGAGAGCUGGGAAAAGCCAUGCUUCGUGACAGUAAUGGAAAGAGCGUGAACGAACGUGAUCAUUUGUUAAAAAGGCUUGGCAGGAAAACUCCUCCAAGCCUUUUCCGAGCUCAUUCUGUCCAGCAAAGUGUAUCACAUGGGUAUGCAUUUUCUCAAGAAGAACACGGUGUUGUUUCCCAGUCGGAAGUUGUUCGAUCCUAUGAUACAACGAAAAGGAGAACGGAAGUGCAAUAACAUGAUUCUUUCCUUGAUUGGUGGUGGGAAUAAUGGGAUUUGGAUCAAUGCGUCCACUGUUAACACAUCCGUGACUAAGGUUGGCAGCAGCAGCCAAAACACCGGAGAACUCAUUUCUGUGGCCUUAGCCAACAAGUUUCUAUGUUCUCCCUGCAAACCUUGAGUACAUAUUGG